GCUUAUACUGUCCCUCUGGAUGCUUCUCACAGUACUGUUGAUGGAGGAUAUGCCAUGGGCUUUCUCUAAAGACUGACUCAUACAACAAGCAUCUUUGAAGUUAAUUUCAAUGUGAUGAAACCCAUAGAUCUAUUUUCCAUCCAUACAUGCAGUAACCGUCACCAGGCACAGUCCGAAGCUCUAAAAGGGCCGAAAUGGAAACCCCCAACCUCAUCAUUCAUAUCCCGGGUAGCUGCCUCUUUGGACAGUCUUCUCUUUAGCUUUUUCCUCCUCCGCCUACCGCCCUCGUUGAUUGUACCUUCUUCAUCUCCGUUCUCCAGCACUUGUUCCGACCCUCCAACGUCCUCUCCGGGUACGCAGGUUGGCAAAAUGGCGGACCAGUGUGCCCUCCGUGUGAUGCGCGAGCUGAGACAAUUCGCCCAAAGCGAUGACCUCGCCAUCGACAUCUCGUACAAGGAAGACAACACUCGUGAACUCAAGGCGCUCAUCAUUGGGCCGCCAGAUACCCCAUAUGCCCAGGGGUUCUACCAGUUCUUGAUCAGAAUCCCUCCUGAAUACCCCGAGAAACCGCCCAUUGUUACCCUGCAGACCACUAACAACGGGCGAACACGGUUCGGCCCAAAUCUCUAUGCAAGUGGAAAGGUCUGCCUAUCGAUUCUGGGCACUUGGCCAGGUGAAUCCAAUGAGCAGUGGUCCCCGGUGCUGGGACUAGAAACGGUGCUACGAUCCAUCCAGAGUCUGUUGGCGGCCAAGCCCUACAAUCUGGAGCCCGGCUUUGAGAACAAGGACGACAAGGACAAUAGUGAAUUAUACAAUGCCAAGAUUCACCACGAGAACAUCCGUCUAACGGUCCUCGUCCCUCUGGAAAAGGCCUUUGAAAUCAAAAUCCCACAACUGAACAUGAGGCUAGGCCAAGGAAGUCAUCGAGGGGCGAAUCCUUACCAACUCGAUUCCGGCGUACCGGAAGCGCCGUUCCACCCAUUCCUCGAUACCUACAAGAGACGGUUCCUGUGGUAUCUUGAAUCUUACAAGAUGGCCAUUCAGCGGGGCCUUGAUAAUAAGAAAGCCCGAGCACGCCGCUCCUUCCCUUUGAUGCCAUUUGAAUGCGCAGACAAUAUCAUGGGAGGUUACUGGGACUACGAAGAUAUGAAGAAGCGCCUGGGAUCGCUCGAAAUGCGCAUCAUGAAGGAGACUAAUGAAUGGCCAGACCAAGGAAAGGACAAGGACCAAAAGGGCCACCCGCUCGCAGCAAGCCUUCGCGCACAGUGUCAGCAGAUCACGCGUCAGCUUACCCAGCGCACGGAGGGGAUGGUGCUCCUCGAGCUCGUGAAUGACAACCCGUUCCUGUGGCGCCUGAUCUAUCAUGGGAGGCCGAUGACCCAGUAUGACGGAGGUGUUUUGAAGAUCAAAAUCUUCAUCAGUCCAAAUCACCCCGCAGAACAGCCGCGGGUCAUCCUCGAGACUCCGCUGUAUCACGUUCGUGUCUCGCCACAGAAUGUGCUAAUCUACCUCCCUCUCCGGGCAGAUGAGAUGAGCCGCCAUGUUGACGGCAUAAUCAGUUCUCUGGAGGAGGAUAGGCCACCUGUGAAUCCACUCAUGACGGUCAACCCCGAAGCAAGUGCACUUUGCUGGGGGUCCAAGGAGGAGCAGCGACAGUAUAGUCGCAAGCUGCGCCGCUCAGUUGCGGCUACUCUGGAGUAAUUUUUUCCUGACACGCACACAAACACUCAUUGGAAGCAGUCUUGGAACUACUGGACAGUCGUGCUGAUGGAGCCGUCCGUUUCACAGGAUCCUGUGACUUCAGGAUGAAAAGUUGAAGAGAAGAUGGCUAGUUCAGGCUCACAAGUCAUCAAGUUAUCAGAGACACAAUUCCUGAAUAUCAUGAGGAGAUCUUGUGUAGGUUUAUCCAUCUAGCAUUCUAGCCAGCAUUUGCUUAAAUAAUUU